AUGGCUGAGGUGCCAAUUCUUGUGGGUGUGGGCGACAUCAUCAACCGCAAUCUCGCGGUUCAUCACGCUGCCGAGCCUGCCGAGCUGAUGCUCGAUGCCAUAUCCAUUGCUUUUCAAGAUACCGGUCUCUCUUCACAAGUCGUUGCAGGUCUGAAAACGAAAAUCGACAGCAUAGAUGUUAUACGCACUUGGACGUGGCCAUAUCCAGACCUGCCUGGUCUACUCGCUGAGAAACUUCGUACUAAGCCCACUCACACCUAUUGCUCUCCACAUGCAGGCAACCAACCUGCUAAACUGGUCGACGAAGCAGCCCGCAGAAUCGCAAAGGGAGAGACAAAACUGGCGGUAGUGACCGGAGGCGAGGCAUUAGCAUCAUUAGCUGCCUGUGCCAAAGCAGGAGUAAUGCCUCCCCCAAACUGGACUCCCGUCGACAAGCCGGUCACUGAAGUGUUUGUUCCUUCGACCCGUGAGAUGGCCAAAGGAACUGGAGCGAAACAUACGAUCGGAGCACCCAUCCAAGUCUACCCUCUCUAUGAAAAUGGUCUUCGUGCUCAGAGAGGCCAUUCUUUGGAAGACAACCACACCGAAAGUGCAAAGCUAUAUGCUGAAUUCGCUCAAGUUGCUACCAAGAACCCUUUGGCUUGGAACUUCCCUCGAACAGCAGAGACAGAAGACACCAUCGGUCGUGUCUCGAGCAAAAAUCGCAUGAUAUGUUCUCCGUACCCUCUAUUGAUGAACGCUUUCAACACAGUGAACCUCGCUGGAGCAGUAAUUUUGACCUCUGUCUCGCAUGCUUGCGAGUUAGGCAUUGCGCGGGAUAAAUGGAUAUACCUGCUUGGUGGAGCAGGUACACAAGACAGCGAUAACUUCUGGGAACGGCCGAACUUUCACUCUAGUCCUGCCAUCAGCCGCACAUUAGACGCUGGACUUGAGGCGUGUGGACUCAAGAAGACUGACAUCGACAUGUUUGAUUUCUACAGUUGCUUUCCCAUCGUGCCCAAGCUCGCUUGUCUGCAUCUUGGUCUGAACAUACUCAAACCUGAGAAGCCUAUCACACUGCUCGGUGGUCUGACAAGUUUCGGGGGAGCAGGCAAUAACUAUUCUAUGCAUGCAAUCACAGUCAUGACACGCAAAUUGCGUGCAGGCAACGGCACACGUGGUCUCAUACUUGCAAACGGGGGCGUCCUCACAUAUCAGCAUGUCAUCUGUCUAUCCUCGAAUCCUCGCGCAGACAACUUACCGUACCCUGCUCAUAAUCCUCUUCCUUCCAUCUUGGAGCACAAUUCAACACCAGCCGUCGACGGAACUGCCGAGGGAGAAGCCAUCAUUGAGACAUACACAGUAGACUUUGAUCGCAAGAACGAGCCUGUGCUAGGUCAUGUAGUGGGUAGACUCAAAAGCUCUGGACAUAGAUUCGUCGCCAACCAUGGAGAUGCGACAACAUUGAAGAGACUGGCGAGCAGAAGCGAAGAACCCAUUGGCCAAAGUGGCUAUGUUCGAGCAAGUGGACAAUCCGACGGCAGAAACCUAUUCUUUUUGGGAGCGAGUUCAAAAUUGUAG